GGCAGCCGGCCGCAUUAUUGCCUAUCCGGAUGGGAGGCCAUCCCCACCAUCCAAGGGAAGAAGCGCCGGGCACCGAGCGAGCCGUGCGGGGGCGCCUCCUCUACUCCCUCCCCACUCCCGCCGAUGCUCUUCAGCUCCACCUCCGACCUCCGCAUCAUCUUCUUCUUCCACGGCACAGGUGAAGUGUUCAGCUAUGCUUCUCGUUGACCAGUCACACUUGAACUGAAUCGACUUUGCUGCGAAGUGCUUGACAGUUUCAGUGAAAGUGUAGAGGACUUAGCAAUGAUCUCAUCCAUCAGCUUACUUGACAGUUCCCACCAGCUCAUUCAGAAACUGUACAGAAAAUGCUGGCCAAGUAACUCAAAUUCCAAACUGAACAUGCAUGCAACCGCGAAAUCUGGGGGUAAGAGCAUGAGGGUGAAGAUGGCACUUCUGAAGCCCCAUGCAACUGACUUCAAGAGGAAUCAUCAAGCCCACGAGGAAGACAAUGUGUUUUACAAAUUAGUUUAUAGGCUCCCUGAAAGCCUUAGCUGUCUGUACACCAGUCAAAAACCAGUCAGAAAGAAGAAACAACAGAAGCAAGGAACUGUGUCCAGUAACCGGUUUGGUGUGAUCUUGGAGUGGGAGGGAGUUGUUGUGGAAGAUGAUGACCCGGACCUGGAGCCCCGAGUGUGGUAUGUAUUAUCACUUGAAGAGGCGAAGUCUUUCCCUCCGGAUGAAACGCUGAAGAAAAUCGAGGGAAUGAGAACUGAUCAGGCCAUCUCAGAAGUCUUAAGUUGGUCGAAAGAUCGACAAGAAAUCGAAAGGUUAGCAGCACGUAAGGAGGUCAUAUAUCAGAAACUCCGAGGUACUUUCUAUCAGCUGCGGCCAGGUGUUCUCGACUUCUUGAACACCCUUGUGGAUUCUGAUAUUCCAAUAGCAGUAACAGCUUCUCGCCCCAGAAUGAGCCUGGAAGAAAGCAUAAAAGCCGUUGGUCUGCAAGGCUAUUUCGAUGUCAUAGUGGCGGCGGAGGACUUCCACCGAGGGAAACCCGAGGGUGAGAUUUUUGAGGUUGCAGCAGACCAGCUUGGUCUUGAGCCUGAUGUCUGUCUUGUGAUGGGUAGCUCAAACUUGACGACGCAGUCUGCACAUACUGCUGGGAUGAGGUGUGUGGCGGUUGCAAGCCGGCACCCUGCCUAUGAACUUCAUGCAGCAAACCAUGUUGUGAGAUGGCUCGAUCAACUCUCUGUUGUUGACCUGCAGAGGCUCGCCAAUGGCGAGGUUCUUGGGCGCAGGGGCAGACAAUCUGACAUGGACAUGGAGAUUGUGAUCGAGGAGUGAUGUUUCUGCAGGCACUUAUCUACUACUAAUAUAUAACUGUGUUGUAACUUCAGUACUGCAUUACAUUUUGUGACAGACCAAGUAGUGUAACACGUAACAGAUCAGCGUUCACUUCUUGUUUUCUUGUAAUGCAUAACUGAAACUCAGUUAGCUUAGAUGCUUUCAAUCAUCAGAAAGGAGUUGGAAGCGAA